GCUAACUCGCGGCGUUCGACAUCUACGGGACUCACGAAGCAUACCGGUGCCAAAUUUGCACAAGAGGCGGAUCCUGCAUCCAUUCGGCUGCGUUUAAGAGUGUUCUCGUAGCUCUUAGCCAGCCGCUGUGCGAUUUGAGGUCCCGCACACCAGUUACCGGUUACAAAGCCAAGGCUGCCGCAGCACGAAAAUGUCCGCCCUCGACGAAGCCGCCGCGAACGCCGCCGCAAAAAAACAGUCCAUGUCUUUUGCGGAAAGAAUGGCCGCGCGCGACAAAGCGCGCAAGGCCAAGUGGGCGAAAGCGCGCGCCGAAAAGACCGUCGACGCGGACGAGGACCCGGCCGUCUUCUGGCAGAAGUUCGGGGGCGAGAGCGACAAAGUCGCGAAACGCGCCGAAGCGGCUUCCACUGAGGCCGAAGUAAAACAGCUGGAGCAGGACGCGGCUACCUUAAGAAGUAAAGUUUCGGAUGCCGCCGCCUACCUCACGCAGUACGACAUCAAGCGCGCGACGGCCGAGGCCGACCAGGCCACGAACGCCGUGAAGGAGGCCAAGGAAAGAAUUUGUCCUAGAGAAAAGUACGCCUUCGCCGAGGGCACGGUGCAUGUGGAGAAAGGCGUCGAAAAAAUCAAGUUUGCGGAUCGCCAGAAGGAGAUGUCCAAAGUAAGCGUGGGUGGGGAGAUCCCCGGUUUUAGGAAUGAAGUCGGAAAAGUCUUGGUCGUGGACGAGACGUGGUCGACGCAAGUCCAUCUCGAGGAUUUGAAGGAUUGCGUCGUGUUCGCGCCGUACCCUUUGCAGACCCUGCGAUUGGUACGUUUGGAGAACUGCCACGUCUUUUCACGAGUAAUAGCGGGGCCGUGCUACGUGCACAACUGCGUCGGAUGUGUGUUUAGGGUGGUGCCGCGGCAGCUCCGGAUCCAUGACACCACAGAUACAACCUUCCAUGUCGCAUCGGCGUCGGGGCCGAUCAUCGAAGCCUGCGACGAUUGCCGGUUCGCGGCCUACGCGUGCACGUGGUCCGGUAUUCAUGCCGAGCAGAUGGCGACCUUCGUGAAGACCGGCGCGUGGAAAGAUGUGCAGGACUUCAAGUGGCUCAAGACGGCGGCGAACCCGCACUGGCGCGAGCUGGAUCGGGUCGACUAUGCUACAAAGGUGCCUGAACAGGCGGCUUCGGUUGCUGCCGAGCAGGAGCUGGUGCUGCUGCCGCUCGCGGAAUUGGGGCAUGGGUUCACGGCUAUGAGUUAAAUUUUACACAA